AUGUUCGAAUAUGGCAUCACCGUAAACUGUAGCCAGGUGGCGCCACUCGCGUGGACGCGAGCAGCAGAGACGAUGCCGUGGAAUAGUGCACAAAUCUACCUGGAGAGCAACGGAAUCAUGCAGCUACCAAAUGCGUCGCUCGCGAAUGUCAACAUCAGCUUUUCCUUGUCGCUGGAGACGAACCUCAUAAGGACCGUGUCUGCCGACGAUUUUGCCGACGUGCCCAAAUUAACCACUCUAGAUAUGUCCUACAACAAACUUGAGCGGUUGAAUUCGUUGAUCUUCAGCAAGCUCUCGAGGUUACAGUCGCUGGAUAUGUCCGGCAAUAUGUUAUCGUCGUUUCAAGGACGACCGUUUGCUUAUCUCGAAAACCUGAUCGAACUCAACAUCGCACGCAAUCUUCUUACAACUGAGGCUCUGCGCAGUGAUAUCUUCAUCCCAUUGCGACGUCUAGAAAGCUUGUCGCUGGACGGUAACCGACUAACGACGUUGCCAUCCGAGCUGCUCGGUGCCUUCAUGAAUACAAAGUUCGUGUAA